CGCUACAUGGCACACUCGCACACAUACGCGCGUGCAUGUAUACACACACACACCCACACACAUAUAUACACGUUAUAAUUCGUCAUUGUCGAAGCUUGCAUCGGAUCAGCGGUAGCAGCAGCAGCAGCAGUCGUAGCAGCAGCGAGCCAACUCGUUGAGAAAAUAAGGUGCGCGCGCGCCCGCCCGUCUGCCUGUCUCUCUCUGUGUUUUCUGUCGUUUCUCUAUUCCGUGCAUGUGUGUACCGAUGUGACUGUGUAUAUCAACUAUGUGGCCAGCAGAGCUCUAGAUGCAUGUUAUUGUUAUUAAUAAAUACCGAGGCGAGAUCGCAGCGCGGACCAGCUGCGGACAAUCCUCUACCGAGUCGUGUGGUGUGCCUGUGAUAUAGAUACGGGGGGGCCUGAUUCGACAUGUGGAGCCCUACGCACGUACAAGUGGUCGUGCAACGAGCCAAAAACCUCAUAACCAAGGGCAAAAACAAAACGAACGACUGCUUCGUGACGAUCGGCCUGGGCAAGGACAAGUACCAGACGUCGGUCAAAGAAAAAGCGACGUCGAAUGUCGAGUGGCACGAGGAGUGCGAGCUGCGAAUACCCGAGCAUGGCAACACGGCCGAGAUUGUGCUCACGGUGCUACAUCGCAACUUCAUCGGCGAUGAGUUCCUCGGCACUGUGCGCAUACCCCUGGCCAAAUUCGACAUCUACGAGAUGCCCAAAAACCGAUGGUUCACUCUGGAGGGCAAACCCGGCAAAGAGAAAACGAAGGAACGGGGCGAGCUCGAAGUGCGCGUGGGUUUCAUCGUAAAGGCAGGUGCCGGCAGUCUGUCCGACCUCACAAAAAAGGAGCGCCACAAAAGCUCGCUAGGUCAGCUCUCGUCCAAGGCCCAGAACUUCGGCGGCAGUCUGCUCAGCAUCGCCAGCAUCGAGAAGCGCAAGAGCCUGAAGAAGCUCGCCAAGUCCAUCGGCCAUAAGGUAUCGGGCAAGAGCCGCAGCAAGAACAAGCUCGACGACAUCUGCGACGAGGGUGAGUUCCCGGCCGUCGUCAGAGGUCUGAGGCCGAGAACAGCCGGUCAGGAGCACGGCGAGGCGGAUCCCGGGGUCAUCAGCGACGAGGACGAUGACGAGUUCACUUUUGACGAUCUGUCGCACAAGAGUUCGACCUCGUCGAUCAACUCGGCGGCGACACCGAGGAGCGGCCGAAAGCUCACCGAGGGAAAUCGCACCGAAUCACCCUUGGCCAGGUUUUCCGAUGCCAACCUCUCGCAAACCGAGAACGAAAAACUGCAGCAGAAUCGAUCGGCCACUUUGCCUCCUUCCAAACCACCACGCUUUGCGUUGAACAACAGCGGCAACGGAGGCAGCCCUGGUACAGGAAAACUCGAAAAGCAACAGGAAGAUGAGUGGGGCCAAAAACUCUAUGGGAUGCAAACGAGUAAUGCCUUAAAAAGGUGGGACCAGAAGCGUAUGAGUCCCAAAGUGUCAGUCGAGGACUCGACUACGGAGAGUAACAGCGGACCAGUCAGCGAAUCUCGCAACAACGUCGUACCGUCACCGAUACCUCGGCCUAGAUCCGACGUCGUGCUGACGUCCGUGGCGGACUCCAAGCGCGAAACGAGCAACAAACAGUCGCAACAACGACCGCAAACGCCUACGCAGCAGCAACAACAGCAGCAACAGCAGCAGCAAAUCAAAUCCAACAAAGACAAGCAGAGAGAACAGUUGCACCAGCAGCUCGUGCAAAAGCAGCUGGACAACAAGAAGAAAGACAAGCAGCAAAAGUUCUCGUCGGAGCGCAUAAUAAUCGGCGGCGAGGAGAACACCCGCCUGGGAACCAACGACCUGAUUUCUCAGUCGGGCAAGUUGCCGCGCGAGCUCGCCGAGCAGUUCGAGGGCAAGUCCAGAGAGGAUCUGAUCGAGUUGAUUUUGAACCUUCAACUCGACGUAGCCGACAAGAAGAAGCGCCUGCAUGACCUCGAGGACUACAUCGAUGCGCUGCUCCUAAGGGUCAUCGAGUGCUCUCCCGUAUUGCUGCAGAAUCCAUUCCAGCCGGCGCGACGGCUCUCGUCGCCCGGCCACCAAUGAAGGCUCGACAUAAUUUUUAAUCUCUUCCGCGUCUUCCAUAUCAAUUUGUACAUACAUAUAUUAUUAUUAUAAUUAUAAUUACUAUUAUUAUUAAUUUUAAUUGCAUAUACAUAUAUAUAUCGCAUCAUCAUCAUCAUCUAUGUAAUGUAAUCGUCCACUAACGAAUUCCUAUGAUGGUCUCCUUGAUAUUAAUUAUAUGUAAACAAAAGUGCCCGAGUACUUCGAAACGCAGCGAUCCGUCCAAAAGCUGAAUAAUCCCUGUUUUGUCUAACACGAAGAAUUCAUUUUAAUCGUUUUUAAGCUAAUCGUUCUUAUUACUUUCUAAAUGUUUUCAUUUCCACAUCUGUAACGUGCCUUAUUAUAUGAAAUACGCUCAUUUUACAAAGGCGCUGAAUUGCAUCGAUGCAACAGUGCAAUGUGCGCUUAAUGGGUCCAAUAAUUUAAUUUUAUUCAUGAGUGUUUAUUUGCAUCUGUUAGCCAAUUGAAUCAUAAUAUAUGCCUCGAUUAUGAAAACUGAGAUAUUAUUAUUAUAUUUAAUUCUUCGCGCAUCUAUAUACGCUGUAAAAAUAUCAGUAUAUAAUUAUUAUUGUAUCUUUAAAAAAAAGGAUUUUAUCAUGUUGAGAGAUAUAUCGAUUGAAAGCAGUCAAGACGUUGAUAUUAAAAAAAAAUUUAUUUACCAAACAAUUUGAUAUCAUAUUGUUGUUAUUUAUUUGUAUGUUUUCAUAAUGAUAACUAAUUAUUCAUUUAAAUGUUUAAUUAUUUAUAUUGUUUAUGUUCAUAUAUUGUGAAGGUAAAUGAGAAAAAUAGAGAAAUACAGAGAAUUUUUUUGUAAA